AUGUAAUUUAUAGAAUUCUUAAUUUCAUAACUUUUCCCUAAACCUCCAUUCAAAAAUUCUAUUCGUCCAAAUCGAAUCAAAAAGGGUAAUCCAAUCCAUCCAAUAUUCUUAGAAUAAGAAAUUUGUCAAUCUCUAGAACUGAAUUGGAUCUCAAACUCCAAUGUAGAUAUUAUCCAAUUCGAUUCACAAGGAUGCAGAACCUAAAUCAAAUUAAAUGAGUUAUACCCAUUCUCCCAACCUCAAUUGAGAUUCCAAUUGGACGAUGACUUUUACUCCAUUAAAAAUCUUGAUGAUUUCAACUCCUACGAUUACUAUUUCAAGGUUCUCAAAUGGACUCCACAAUUAACUGUUAAUCAGAUCAUCGAGAAAUCACACGAAUUCAUUAAAAAGACUAUUUUUGUCAAAUAACCAUACACCUUAGAUCCCUACUCAGAUUUAUUGAGUAAAAUUGCUAAAUCUUCAAAAUCAAUUGACUUAUCAAUCAUUUUCACCUUCCUACUUGUGUCCCUUGCCAAUUUGAUACUCUAUCUGCCAAACUACGAAGAAUACCAAUAAUUAAUGGAGAAAACAGUCCUAUUCGGACAUAAUCAAUGGUAUAAUCAAUUUUAAUAAUUGCCACUGUCACCACUCAAAGCCUAAUUUUAUUGUCUAAUCGGAUUAAUUGUUAAUGUCUUUGACUCCUCUAAGUUACAUGUAUUCAAACAACAACAAGAAUAAAUCAAUUAGCCCUUCUUUCAUUACUUGAAUUUAAUAAUAAAUCUACUCAUCUUUUACUGUCCUUUGUACUUUAUACUGAAAUCCAAGCAGUCUAAAAUCAACAAAGAAAUCCUAUCAGGAAUAUUACUUUAUCAAAUCAUGUGUCCAACAUUCUUAGGAGUAUGGAAUAUUAAUGAAAUAUUAAUGGCCUUGUGCGUCUAUAUUAUUACCGAAAAUGUUUGGUUCGGCUCAAUCCUAUAUGUAAUAUCAGUCAAUUAUGAACCAUAAUGUCUUCUUUUCUACCCUCUAAUUUCAUCAUACGUUUUAGGAAGAUUAUGUCAGUAACAUGGUAUCAUAACCAAAAAGAAUCUCAGACCUAAUUUUUAAGGCCUCCAGGAAUUGGUAAUUGAAUUGAUAUUCUUAAUUUUGGUACUGAUUAUUGUUUAAUGCUUCAUUUUUAUUCCAUUUUAUUUUAGCUCUACUUUGGCUUAGGCUAUAUACCCAUAAGUAUUCAUUAACUAUUUCAAUUCUCUGUUUAAUCAUGAGUUCUACAAUUUGAUGAUAUUUGGAUUUGCUUUUAUUUUAUCAUUUCCCACCUAGAUGUUAAGUUUUUUAAAUGAAAAAUACUGUGCAUUGGGCAUGCUUAACGCCAUAAUCAUUAUCAAAUUGUUUGAUAUUGCUAAUGGUAUUUCAACUUAAAUGUUAACAGUGUUUUUGAUGUUGAAUUUUAAAUAUUUCAGAUAGAUCAUCAAUUAUAUAAUAAUGCUAAUGCCUCAACAGAAUUGGAUAUUCAAAUUAUUGUAUUAUAUUUUUGGAGAUUUGUUUAUGCAAAGAAACAACCAAUUGAUUGACACUCAUAAACAUGGCCAAUAUCAAUUCUAAUCCCUGAGGAAAUUAGGAUUCUAUGUAAUUAAAUUGGAUAUAUGA